AUGCCGGCUUGCUCUGCACUGCUGCGUAUAUGCUCCCCGGUGUUUGAGAAGAUGUUCGCAUCUGGCACCAAGGAGGCCCAGGACAAGCGUAUUCCAGUGACAUUGGGAACAGAGGAUGAUUUUCGAGUCUUUUACAGUCUCUUGAUGCCUGGAGGGUUCCAGGUUGACAAGAUCAAUGCGAGGAAUGCGGAAAGUCUGCUCAAGCUCAGUGAACAUUACGAGGUCGCCUUCAUCAAGCUGGCAUGUGAGGAUGUGCUCAUAAACAGCCCUGCCACAAUUUCAAUGCUUACAAAGGCCAAGACACAGAAUUGGAGCAGGCUGUACAGCAGCUGCCUUGAGAAGUUGGCGCGCACGGCAAUUCUUCUUCAGCGCAAGGACGUGGAUGACUUGGCGAAGAAUUCUCCGGAGAUUCUGGCUGAUCUUGCUUGGGAAAUGAGGAAGUAUGUAAACCCAAAUGAUGAGGAUGACUCUGAUCAGCAAGAUGAUGACCUUGAGGAAGAUGGGGGACUAGGCCCGUUCCAGAAGAAGCCCAAGAAGCCAUCCAAAAUUGAUGACCUUGAGGAGGAUGAUGGACCAGGGAAGCCCAAGAAGAAGCCCCUCAAAAGAAAAGGCAAGAGGGGCCUUUGA